UUCCUCAAACCCCUUCUUUCUCUAUCCUCUUUCUUGUUCUGCUUCAUUUCUUCAGCGUCUCUUCGGUAACUGACACUUCUCUGUAAGAAAGCUGUAAAUUUCCCGCCGGUUUCCGGCAGUUUUCCCCUUCGUUUACGGUGCAACGGUCAUUUGAUUUAUUGCUAUUUAUUUCAUGAUUACGAAAGCAGCGGCAGAAGUUUACCUAUUUAGCCAUGUUGAUGUUUGGCGAUAUUUUCAAAGGGAAUUAUUACCAAUUCUCAUUUGUGACCUAGAAUUUGCGGAACCAAAUCUGCUUUCAAUUGAAAUGUGAUAUUCAACCCAAGCACAAUUUAUACAGUUUCAGGAAGCGAUUUGUAGUCUCUACUAAUCAAUUCCACAAAAUCAUGUCUCCGUGGUGGAGUAAAUCUUCAUCUAAAGAAGUAAAGAAGAAACCAAAUAGGGGAAGUAUCUUUGGGUCGAUUCAAAGGAAGCUGAAGAGCCCAUCGGAAGGGAAACAAAACUCAUCUCGAAGGCGUAGUGAAAUCGCUUCUGAAAAGGGAUCUCAUUCUCGUGCUGGUUCUCGAUCCCCUUCUCCAUCCACGCCAGUUGCUAGAUCCCACAGUUUUGCUGAAAGACCUCAUGCCCAUCCGCUCCCACUUCCUGGAAACUUUUCCGGUAUUCGGUCUGCCGAUUCAGGAAAAAGGACAUCAAGAAAGCCUGGAAUUGCCAAAGGAUCCUCGCCCUUAUUGCUUUUGCCGCUUCCUAAACCUAGACAUCCCCAAAAUGCACAAGGUCAUGCGGAUGCAGAAGGCGAUUUGGCAACUGAUUCUGCUUUUACAGAUAGUUCAAGUGAUAGCGAUGAUCCCUCAGAUUCACGGCUUCUAAGCCCUCAGGCAUCCGACUAUGAAAACGGGAACAAAACUUCUACAAAUAGUCCUUCCAGUGCAAAUUACAAGAUCCAAAAUCAUAUUAUAACCCAAAAGAAAAGGGAGAAAUUGAAGCCAGCAAACACGUUCUUGAACAACCAGACGGUUCCAGUGUCACCAAAGCGAAGACCUUUAAGUCGUCAUAUGGCAAAACUACAGAUUCCUCAAUCGGGUGCUUUUUUUAGUGCUCCAGACAGCUCCAUGUCCAGUCCCUCUAGAAGUCCAAUGAGGGUAUUUGGCCCUGAACCGACUCUGACCUCUGGUUUCUGGGCUGGAAGGCCUUGUGCUUAUGCUGACGCUGGUUUUCUUGGGUCUGGUCACUGCUCUAGUCCAGGGUCAGGUCACAACUCGAGCCAUAAUUCAGUUGGAGGAGACAUGUCGGCUCAAUUGUUCUGGCAGCCUAGCAGAUGUAGCCCUGAAUGCUCACCCAUACCUAGUCCAAGGAUGACUAGCCCUGGUCCUAGCUCGAGAAUACAAAGUGGGUCUGUCACCCCGUCACAUCCAAGAUUUGGCGGGUCAAACACGGACUUAUCUGCAAACUGGCCAGAUGAUGCAGUUAACGGGAAACAACAAAGCCACCGACUACCCCUUCCUCCACUAACCAUCUCAAAUGUUGGUCCUUAUUCACCCUCGUAUUCAACGGGCACUACUCCAACGGUUCCAAGAAGCCCAGGCAGAGCAGAUUUUUUGGUAAACCAUGGUUCACGCUGGAAGAAGGGACGGUUGCUUGGUAGGGGCACAUUUGGACAUGUUUAUCUUGGUUUCAACAGUGAGAGUGGGGAAAUGUGUGCAAUGAAGGAGGUGACACUAUUCAUGGAUGAUGCAAAGUCGAAGGAAAGUGCCCAACAGCUGGGGCAAGAAGUUGCACUAUUAAGUCGUUUGCGACAUCCAAACAUUGUGCAAUAUUAUGGAUCUGAGACAGUGGAGGACAAACUCUAUAUUUACUUGGAGUAUGUUUCGGGUGGUUCCAUUCAUAAGCUUCUUCAGGAGUAUGGCCAGUUGGGUGAAAUCGCAAUCCGAAGUUACACUCAUCAAAUUUUGUCAGGACUUGCGUAUUUGCAUGCCAAAAAUACAGUCCAUAGGGACAUUAAAGGAGCAAAUAUACUGGUUGACCCUAAUGGACGUGUAAAAUUGGCCGAUUUUGGGAUGGCAAAACAUAUUUCAGGCCCGUCAUGCCCGCUAUCCUUCAAGGGAAGUCCAUACUGGAUGGCACCCGAGGUUAUCAACAACAAUUCAAAUGGUUGCAAUCUUGCUGUGGAUAUAUGGAGUCUUGGAUGCACCGUACUAGAAAUGGCUACAACUAAACCGCCAUGGAGUCAGUACGAAGGGGUUGCUGCUUUAUUUAAGGUUGGAAACAGCAAAGAACUUCCGGCAAUCCCUGACCAUCUUUCAGAUGAUGGCAAAGAUUUUAUCUUGCAAUGCUUGCAGAGAACCCCAUCACGCCGCCCUAGUGCCGCCCAGCUUCUUGACCACCCUUUUGUUAAAAAUAUAGUUUCAUCUGAAAGAUUGAUACCAAACCCUGUCCCCAUUACAAAUAUGGUGAGAUCUCUGGGUAUUGGGCAUACUUCUGAAGGAGUUUCUGUUCUUCCCUCUAGAAGUCCAAAAUCUAGUUCCGGAUUCAGCGAUGGUAAUAUGCCUCGGAAUAUAUCAUGCCCAGCUUCCCACAUGGGUAGCCCUCUUUUGCAUCCAAGAUGUGGUCAAACCAUGAAUGGAAAACUAUCCCCAUCUCCUAUAUCGAGCCCACGAACCAUCUCUGGUUCAUCCACACCUCUAACCGGACCCGUUGGAACCGUUCCCUUUUAUCACCACCAAGUUCAGGUUCAGGUCCAGAAACAGCCAGGUCCAUACAGCCAUGAAUUGACUUCAAGAUCUCCCAAUAGAUCUUUCGGUAACAUCCAAGAACCAAAAGCUGAUAUGUUUCGAGCAAUGCCUCAAGGGUCUCCCUUCUUUCAAGAAAUAGUUCCUCAAUCAGACAAUGAUUUUCUAGGGAACCAAAAAGAAACAUAUGGCGGGGGAAAGUCUGUGUUAGCUGAUCGAGUUUUCCAACAGCUUCUGAGAGAUCAUCAUCAUGUGAAGCAAAAUCCAGCCAUUGAUCUCAAGCCCGCUUCUCCAGUUGUGAAUCGAAGAGAAUGGAGUUGAUCUGAUCUGACUAAAAGAACAUAUUAUGAAUAAUAUCUAUAUACUUAUAUAUAUAUAUAUAUAAAAGAUCUCUUUUGGAAGCUGAAAUGGAAGGAGGGAUGCUAUUAACUAUAGUUAUGCAGAUGGAUAGCUUCUAAACCUCCAGCAUUUAACAGGCGGGAUGGAUGUUCGCGUACAGGAAGAAGGUUAGAGAUAAUUUUGUUGAAAAGCAGGUUGUGUAGAUGGUUUAAAAACUAAAGUAGAGUAGAGUAGUAAGGAAUGAAAUACUAGUUAUCAACCAUCUUUUCUUUUGUGCACAACAAGCUUAAUCAAUCAGCUUCAGUUCUUUUUGGUCA